AUGCAUCAUGUGCAGACGGUGUAUCUGAGGCUGACAAAUGCAGAUGCAAGCGUCUCCUCAGUGACAGAUAGGAUCCAGGAGCACCUGGAUUCAGUGGAGCCCAUUGUCGUGUGUGACUGCAAAGGCAUCAAAAUUACAGAUUGUGCAGGCACAAGCGGUAAAAGAUGUUCAUUAUUGUUACUCAUGAGCACAAAAAAGGGGCUGCAAGAAAGGGGCUGCAAGAAAGAGGCUGCUGGUCAGAAGAAAACAACAAAUGCACCAACCAGCAUUAACGAAGAUGUGAAGAAAGCCUUCAAACAAGCUUACACCAAUAGCCUGAAAACUAUCAUCAGCAGCAGUCCAAUCUACAACAUUUUUGGAGAGUCUGGCCAGUCUAAGACCGAGGAUUGGGACAGAGAGUUGUUUCAAAUUCCGGAGACAGAAAAUUGGGACACCGUUGUACAACAAACGGAGGAUUGGGAAGAAGAAAUACGACAGUACGAAGCAGGAGUGUCCAGCCCACCAGCCUCUGAUGAGUCAACCACCAACAACACAACGGAAUCCACCAGAGGGACGAAGAAAUCGCAGAGAGCUGCUGAAGGAGCGUCCAGCCUUUCAGCCUCCGAUGACUCAACCAUCACAAACACAUCAAAGCCCACCAGAGAGACAAAAAAACGACAUAAAUCUGCUGAGGCUGCUGCAGUAGCUGCCAACAAGGGCAAAAAGAGGAACAAAUCCGGAGAACCUUCACAACCAGAAAAGGACACCUGGUUAGAUGAGCAGGCCAGGCCAAUACUUCAUAAAAGGAGGUCUGCAACAGUUUCAACUCCAGCCAACAAUGAUGCCCCAAUCCAGCCUCCAGUAACAAUGGUUACACCACAGUCUUCGGUAACGCAUACCUACAACGGUGCCCCACCACAGCCUGUAAUGCCAACCGUCAACGUUGCCCCACCUCAGCCUGUAAUGCCAACCGUCAACGAUGCCCCACCUCAGCCUGUAAUGCCAACCGUCAACGAUGCCCCACCUCAGCCUGUAAUGCCAACCUACAACGUUGCCCCACCUCAGCCUGUAAUGCCAACCGUCAACGAUGCCCCACCUCAGCCUGUAAUGCCAACCUACAAGGGUGCCCCACCACAGCCUGUAAUGCCAACCUUCAACGUUGCCCCACCUCAGCCUGUUAUGCCAACCGUCAACGAUGCCCCACCUCAGCCUGUAAUGCCAACCUACAAGGGUGCCCCACCACAGCCUGUAAUGCCAACCUUCAACGUUGCCCCACCUCAGCCUGUAAUGCCAACCAACAACACUGCCCCACCACAGCCUGUCAUUCCAACCUACAACGGUGCCCCACCACAGCCUGUAAUGCCAACCUACAACGUUGCCCGACCUCAGCCUCUAAUGCCAACCUACAACGAUGCCCCACCACAGUCUCCGGUAAUGAUGGUGACGCGAAACACUAGCAGCUCCCCUUUACAGACUGAGAGCUACAACUAUGAAGGUCCUCUGCCUCCCCUUGCUGUGCCAGUUCGCUUCGCUUUAGACAUGCUAAAUGAGAUGGAGGAGCAAGUUGGGUAUGAAGACAUCGAGGCCAGUAAUGGGAAUCCUGAGCAAGGAGUGUCUCACCCAUGUUCUUGUUGUAGAAAGGUUGACUCCCUUCAGGUCACUGUGCAAGAACUUCAAUUACAGGUGAAGUCACUUGAGAGACUGGUUGAGAGGUCGCAAAGCACAGCCCCAAGGGUCCAGACCCCGACCAGACCAAUCCCAGUACGACAACACCUUUAUUUUGCGUGA